UUCAACGCGGCGACGCAAAGGAACGCGGAUUUGGUUCUGUCAUUCUGUGGGCUUGGAACCCAAAUCGAACGACGCGCGUUGGAGCUGGCCUUACGGUGAGACCUCAGCCGUCUGAUCUUGACGCUCGUGCUCCCCUCCUCAUCCGACAAGCGAGCGGACUCACCGCCGGCCUCCAACGCCUCCACCAGUCCUCGCCGAAUCAACGAGCGGUCGCCGCCUCCCGAGUCCGGGCGGGUCGCCGCACCGCGCUGACGACGCCACCACCGGCCGCCACCUACCCACCGUCGCCGCGCCUCCCCCGGGGUUCCUUCUUUCCGGGCAGCUCGUCGGAUUCGAUCCGCAGUUCAGUUAGCGGGGCCAGCCCUCGCUGCUGCGGCGGCUCCCUACGGCGAGCUUCGCCGCCACCCCGGGCGCGCGGAAGACGAAAGACGAGUGAGCAGCAUCUCGCAGCAUCCGGUAAGUCCUACAGCAGAUUCCCAAUCCGCCAUGCUGAAAUGGACGAGAUUUGGCUGCUGUCAAAACCUCUCAUCUCACCUCUCCAGCGUCUAGUUCGAUGCUGCUGUCAAAACCUGCCGCUUGUGCUGUUGGCAGUCCUCUGCACCUACCACAGCUCCACCGGUCGCAGUCUGCAGCAGUCCACACACGUUCUCAUUCAGAGGUCUUUGUUUCCCUUGCGCACACGUCCACACUGACCUGCCGUGUCCAGUCAAGCAUGCCUUUUCGUCCAUGUCUGGUACACAAAUCCUUCAAAAGUCAGCCUUCACCCAAGAUCAUCCAACCUCCAACCUUAGCACUCCCUGUUCUUUCACAUCGACAUCAUGCCCAUUGUCUUGUCUUCACUCUGUAUUUUGCUCAGCCUUCUCUGUUUCAACACCUCAAUACCAGCCGCAGCACAAGCAAACAUGUCCGAGAUCGAUCGCCAUGCCCUCCUCUGCUUCAAGUCAGGCAUCAAUCCCUGAUUCACUAGGCACUAGCAGUUUUCUUAGCUAUGUCGACCUUGCAAACAACACACUUACCGGCAAUAUCCCUCUCUCAUUAGCCAGUAGCUCCUCACUCAGCACACUUAUACUGUCACGUAAUCGCCUCUCUGGAGAGAUCCCUUCUACUUUGUUUGGUAAUUCAUCCAAGCUUACCGUCGUUGAUCUCCAGAUGAAUUUUUUCACUGGUCCCAUCCCACAUUUCCAUAAGGUCACAACACUCAAAUUUCUUUGUCUGACAGACAACUUCCUCUCUGGGAGCAUACCUCCUUCAAUAGGAAAUUUUUCUUCCCUCGCUUCUAUAUCCCUCGUCCGAAAUAGGUUAUCGGGAUUAAUUCCAGAGACUUUGAGUCACAUUACAAAACUGCUGGAGCUUGAUCUAAGUUUCAACAGUUUAUCAGGGAGUGUCCCGUUGUCUUUUUACAACAUGACAUCACUCGAAUUCUUCAAUGUGGGCAGCAAUGCCCUUGUUGGACAGAUGCCAUCUCACAUUGGUUUCUCACUACCAAACCUCCAGUUCCUUAUCAUGGGAAGCAACAGGUUGGAGGGCCUGAUCCCUGCUUCACUAUCCAACAUGUUAAAUCUCCAAACACUUGAUCUUUCAAACAACUUGUUACAUGGCUCUGUGCCAUAUCUUGGUUCUUUGGCAAACUUGCAUCUGUUGGAUUUAGGAAUUAACUUGCUAGAAGCACAUGACUGGUCAUUCCUUACAUCUCUAGCAAAUUGCACCCAGCUGACAAAGUUGUCCUUGGAAGGGAAUCUUCUAAAUGGCAGCCUACCUAUAUCAAUUGUUAAUCUUUCCAGGAGGCUAGAACAUUUAUCGCUUGGGUCAAACCAAAUUUUGGGCUCCAUACCUGCUGAGAUUAGCAAAUUUGUUAAUCUCACUUCACUUGGGAUGGAGAGUAAUUUUCUUUCUGGAAGCAUACCUUCUACCAUCGGGAAGCUACAGAACUUAUACAUCCUGAAUCUAUCAAAGAACAAAUUAUCAGGUCAGAUCCCUCCCUCAGUGGGUGGCAUUGCUCAACUGGGCAAACUUUAUCUUGAUGAUAACAACUUGAGUGGAAACAUACCUGGUAGUUUAGGUCAGUGCAAGGGACUUCUUGAACUAAACUUGUCUCGGAACAAUCUUGACGGGUCAGUACCAGACGAACUGUUUGCUUAUCCUCCACUCUCCUUGGUUCUGGACUUCUCACACAACAAUCUCACAGGGGAACUACCAUUGGUAGUUGGUACACAUAGCAGUGGUGGUCCAGUAUCCCUUCACAUGGAAGGAAACAAGUUUCAUGGACAGAUUCCAGAAAGAUGGCAUCUACUAGUAUCAACCCAGCAGAUUAAUCUUUCUCAUAAUGACUUAUCCGGUGCCGUGCCUGAAUUCUUUGAGCGAUUUGAUAUGCUGAAGCAACUUGAUCUGUCUUACAAUAACUUGGAAGGGUCUGUUCCUACUAGUGGGAUCUUUAAGAAAUAUGCUGCAGUAGUUCUGGGUGGCAACAAGGGACUCUGUUUAAAUUCCUCCAAGUUGAUAAAAAUAAGAAAUUCCUUCAGGCCAGCAUUACCAGUUUGUCCUCGCAUCUCAGCUUUAGUGACUAAAUCAAAACACCACCUGUCAUUCCUGGCGACCUCGCUGCUAAUUGUACUACCAACACUCAGUAUUGGUUCCCUGGUGUUGUUAUGGUUUCUGCUCACUCUUUGGAAGAAAGGGUUGUUUUCGUCUUCACGAUGGGAUCUUGUGUCCAAGUUGUUUCCUAAUAGAAGAGAAGUGCCUACAGUCCCAUGCCAUGACGAGAAGAAGCUCAAGAGAGUGUCAUACGAGGACAUUCUUAAAGCUACCAACUGGUUUUCUUUGGUCCAUACUAUCAGCUCAACUUGUACUGGUUCAGUUUAUGUUGGUAGGUUCAAGUCCGACAAGAGCCUAGUUGCCAUCAAAGUAUUCAACUUGAAUGAACCUGGUGGAUACAAUAGUUACCUUAUUGAGUGUGAAGUGCUACGAAGCACCCGCCAUAGAAAUAUAAUGCGACCUGUGACCCUAUGCUCAACACUGGAUUCACAAAACCAUGAGUUCAAAGCACUAAUCUUCGAGUUCAUGGUUAAUGGCAGCCUAGAGAAAUGGUUGCAUUCUGACCAACACAAUGGAAUCGCAGAUAAAGGGCUAAGCUUUGCCCACAGGAUAUGCAUAGCAGCAGAUGUGGCUUCUGCUCUUGAUUAUGCCCACAACGAACUGACGCCUCCUCUGAUCCAUUGUGAUUUGAAGCCAAACAAUGUCCUUUUGGAUGAUGACAUGACUGCACGGCUCAGUGACUUUGGCUCAGGGAAGUUUCUAUCACCAGGUCUGCUAAUUCCUAAAAGCCUGGAUGAUGUUGGAGGGACAAUUGGAUAUGUGGCACCUGAGUAUGGAAUGGGUUGCGAGAUCUCCGUAGCCGACGAUGUGUAUAGUUUUGGAGUGCUUCUACUGGAAUUGCUUACUGGAAAACGACCUACUGAUGAUAUGUUUGUGGAUGGACUUAGCCUUUGUAAGUUCUGUGAAUCUAUGUUCCCAGACAGAGUUGCAGAGAUUCUUGAUCCUCAUAUGGCACAUGAGGAGCAUCAAGGGUGCGCAGAAGCGUGGAUGCAGAGAUAUAUUGUCCCCUUGGUUGCCCUUGGGCUGUCAUGUACCUUGGAAUCUCCGAAGGAUAGGCCCGGAAUGAAAGAUGUUUGUGCAAAACUUUCUGAUAUUAGAGCCUCUUUUCUGGAACUGUCAUGAUGAUUAACGAAUAUAUCAAUUAUGUUAGAGCAUACUGAUUAAUUAUAUUAAGAAUGUGUUUUUUUAACUAGUACAGUGCAUAUUGUACCCAAUCUAUUUGACAAACUGAAACAAACUGUGGGGACAGAGAUGUG